AGCCGUUUUUGGCAGAUCCAGAGAAAUCUGAUGUGAGAUCUACUGGUCCAGACCACAUUUACGAGGGGGAGGAGGGUGAAGCUUAGAGGAAAUGGGUGUAGAGCACUCCUCCUCCCCACUUCGACUUUGUAUCUCCAUGCAUUCCUCCUCGCCUCAGCUUUCUGGGACUUUCUACGAGAAAAGAGGAUAACAACUGCAAAGCACCGAGUACAACUGGAUAGCAAAGCGCUGCUCCUCCCAUCCUCCAUCAGCCAUGGUGUACCUUCUCAUCUCCUUGACCCUGCUGCAUCUGCUCACCUUGUCUAUGCUGCUUGCUGCCACCUUGGAGAAGUCCUGGUGGAUCUGGGCCGAUUCUGAAAUCAGCGACUUGUGGUACAACUGUUUCCAUGACAACACUUCAGACACGUGGCUGUGUGCCGCCACCAAUGAAAGUGACUGGCUGCAGUCGGUCCAGGCUCUCAUGGUUCUGUCUGUGGUCUUCUCAUCCAUCGCACUCCUGGUUUUUGUGGCUCAGCUCUUCACCAUGUCCAAAGGAGGACUCUUCUACUUGACAGGCCUCUGCCAAGCCUUUGCAGGCUUCACAGACUUUGCAGCGUGCCUCAUCUUCACCUUCCACAGGAAGGAGAUCCUGAACGACUCCAGAGAUCUGAGCCGAGGUCGUUUUGGCUACUGCUUCAUCCUGGCAUGGCUGUGCGUUCCUUUGCUGCUUGUCAGUGGAAUCCUCUACGGCCACUUACGAAAGAAAGAAUGAAUGAAAGCUGCUACUUUUUAUCAUUUGUGGAAAUCAAGAGACUGAAAGUGUAGAAUGUUGUCCUUUCACUUUUCAUCACAGCCAUUGGGUGUGAACAUAACAACAUGUUCUAUCAGGGCCACACACAUGAAGGGAAGGAGUAACUCCAUUGUAAUUUGCAUUGCAUUGUGUU